UGAUUAGAUCAUAUUAAUUUCUACAAGAAGUAAGCUCGAUGGAAAAUAUGCAUUUCUAAAUGAGAAGAGUUUCUCAAUAGUGAAAAAAAACGAUAUUGAGAAACUCUUCUCACACAUAAACAGCCAUAUCGACUCAAUAAAAUUCACUAUGGAAGUAGAGAAUGAAAUUGGGGAACUGCCUAUGUUAGAUUGCAAAAUACAAAGAAUAACAGAUGGCAGCAUUAAAACGACGCUAUAUAGAAAAACCACACACUCUGGAAGAUUCCUCGAUUAUCACUCAGCUCAUCCACUCACGGUGAAACGAGGAUUAAUACAAGGUCUUGCAGAUAGAAUACGUAGACUUACAACAACGCCAGAGGACCAGUGUAAAGAAAUAAAAGUCCUAUUCAAGAUGCUACUCGAAAACAACUACCCAAAACAAUUUAUAAAAGAUAAUAUAAAAAAGAGAAAAAAGAGGGUAAAACCGGAGAAUAACAAGAUGGAAGAAUGCAAAAAGGCAGUCACAAUACCAUAUAAAAAUGGUACAUCAGAGGCAAUUCAAAGAAACCUCAAAAGUAUCGGCAUUCACACAACUUUUAAACCGACAAAUCUAAUCAAAAAUAAAAUAAAUCAACUGAAAGAUCCCAUAAAAAUGAUGGAUAAAAACAACUUGAUUUAUAAAAUAUCUUGUGCUGACUCUCCGACUAAAUAUGUGGGGCAAACAUCCAGAUCACUCAAAAUAAGAGUGAAUGAACAUAAACGCCUAACCAAAGGUCAACCAACAGGAACACAAGCCUACAAAAAUCUUGAGAAAAAUCCAUUGAUAGCUGCACAUGCAGCGUGGGACAAAAACCACAAUAUCGAUUGGGACAAUGUGUGUAUUCUAAAAACUGACAUGAACAAAUGGAAAGAAAGACUUAUAACAGAAUCGAUAUUCAUUAAGGUCACACCGGAUACAUGUAACAAGGGUGACUCAGUACAACUGUCAACAACUUGGAAUAUAAUUCUGAAUACAAACACAUGAAUGAACGUGAAAUAUAACUUAAAUACAAAAAAAAACGAAUGAGCAAAAAUAAUGAACUCUAUAUAUGAGUACAAAUCACGAAUUGGUAGAAGUUAGAAUUCAUGAGCCAUUGAAUCGGGUCCCAGUGGCUGAAUGGUAUACGAGCGUGCCUUGUAACCGGAAGGUCCUGUGUUUGAAUCCCAGUGAAAGCGUACUGCCGAUGAUUCCUAAACUAUGAUGAAACAGCAGCUGUCCAGUACUCCCUGGUUUUCAAUGGUUCUCCAACUGAUAUCAGUCCGUGAACAACUCGUAAAAUAUAACUAAUUCUUACAAACCAAACUAAAGAAAAUUUCUAGAUGGAUUUAAUAUUUUAUUUGAGGAUGAAUGAAUUCAUCAACUCAGUUAAUAAAAGCAUCUCAAUGACCUGAAUAGAAUCACCUACGUUUACUGCAAACACGACAACACAUACAGCAGCAGCAGCAAAAUAUGCAGACCACUCGAAAUGUUCUAUGGGAAGAAUACUGGAAAGCAGGCUAAAGUGCAUGUCAUUACACCUUAUCAGUAGCACUCGUGAAUCCUCAAAUUACGAUUCUGUAAUUGUCAAAAUUCGAUCAAAUGUGUGCUAUUAUCAAUUAGCACUACGGUAUGCUCUUUCAUCUUCCGAUUUAAGUCACUCCAAAACAAUUAAUAAUCAUUGGAAAAUCCUUUCAAUAGCGUAACUCAAAAUCACCUCAAUGAACACACUAGUGCAGGUGACAAAAACAUUGUCAGCAGAGGAAAGUAUGUUACUAUACUAUGGUCCGCUGAAUCUCCACACGAAUGAGGUUAACAGCAUUGCACGACUAAUUACAUCCUGGUACAUUUUCUUUCACGCAAACUGCCAGAUUCCAGUAGACUCAAACAUUAUUGUUGGAAACAUGUAUUUCUAAACUAGUACCUGAGAGUUUCUGUGAAUACAAAUAUACAACUAUAAUUUUCCAACAAAAGGUAUCAUGGAUUAGGCGUAUAAUUCAACAU